GUUGAGUACCGCCACAAAUAUAAGCAAUGAGGUAUGCUCAGUUAGUAAUGGGACCGGCCGGAAGCGGAAAGUCCACAUAUUGCUCUGCUUUAGCAGAACAUAUUGAAAAUGAAAAAAAUUCAGUGAUGGUAGUUAAUUUGGAUCCAGCAGCUGAACGUUUCAAGUACUCUCCAACUGUUGAUAUUCGUGAAUUGAUUCAUGUUGAUGAUGCAAUGGACGAUGAAAUAUUACAUUUUGGACCCAAUGGAGGAUUGGUAUUUUGUAUGGAAUACUUAAUAGAAAAUCAAGAUUGGCUUCGAGAUCAGUUGGGUGAAGAUGAUGAUGACUAUAUUCUAUUUGAUUUACCUGGACAAAUAGAACUGUAUACCCAUAUGAAAACUGUUAAGCAACUGGCAGAAUUACUUCAAAACUGGGGAUUUAAUGUGUGUUCAGUUAUGUUGAUUGAUUCUCAGUUUAUGGUAGAUGGACCAAAGUUCAUUUCUGGAACAAUGGCUGCUUUAUCGGUCAUGAUAAAUUUGGAACUGCCUCAUGUUAAUGUUCUUUCAAAAAUGGAUUUGCUUAGUAAGACAGCUAGAAAACACUUGGACAAUUAUUUAGAGCCAGAUACUCGUGCAUUGUUGUCCGAUGUAAAAAAUCAUACAAGCUGGGGAAAGAAAUAUCGGCAUUUAUCUAAAUGUAUUGGUCAAAUGAUCGAAGACUAUAGUCUUGUUCAAUUUGUUCCAUUAAAUAUAAAAGAUGAAGAAAGUAUUUCUGGUUUACUAUAUACUAUUAACACAAUGAUUCAAUAUGGUGAAGAUCAAGAUGUUCGUAUGACUGAUUUUGAUCAACAAGAUUCAGAUGAUAAUGCAGGAGGUGUUGAAGAAUUUGAUUAGAGUUAAAGUAGGCUACACAUUUAUGGUGAUACAAUUUGUGUAUAAUUAAAUAUGGAUGAUAUUUUGUUUGCGUAACCGUUAACAUUAUGAUUAAUUGUGAAGACUGUGUUAUUAUUAUUAAAGUUAUACAUUGAUUAAAUUAAGAAAAUUAAAAAAAAAAUAUAUGUAACCAUA